GGCGGUCGGUGCGAGCCCCCCCGGCUCCCCGGCGGCGAGGCGGGGGCCGCGGCAGCCCCGGCCAUGCCCCCCGGAGCCUGAGGCCCGCGGCCGCGGCGCGCCCGCAGCAUGCGGAGGAUCCGGCGGCUGGUGCAUCUGGUGCUGUUCUGCCCCAGCUCCAAGGGCCUGCAGAGCCGCCUCCCGGGCAUCAAGGUGAAGUACCUGCUGGUGCUGUGGCUGGGCAUCUUCGUGGGCAGCUGGGUGGCCUACAUGCACUACGCAUCCUACUCGGAGCUGUGCCGUGGGCACGUCUGCCGCGUGAUCAUCUGUGACCAGUACAAGAAAGGAAUCAUUUCUGGCUCCACGUGCAAGGACCUGUGUGAGGAGCGCAGCCUCCUCUUUCAGCACUGCCUCUCCUCCUCUCCCACCCAGCAGGUUUACAGCGGGCUCUGGAGGGAGACGGAGGUGAUCAUCAAAUGCGGCAUCGAGGAAGCCUUGAAGGCAGAUGGGCACCCGGACUCUGUGCCCAGGAGGGACGUGGUCCUCUUCGACAAGCCGACACGAGGGACGUCGAUGGAUGAGUUCAAAGAAAUGCUGCUCAACUUCCUAAAGUCCAAGCUGGGAGAUCAGCCUUCUCUUGCAGGCCUGGUGAGCCGGAUCAUCGGCAUGGCGGACGUGAACCGGGACGGGAAAGUGUCUUUAGCAGAGGCCAAAUCCAUCUGGGCUCUCCUUCAGCUCAAUGAGUUCCUGCUCAUGUUCUCCUUGCAUGAGAAAGAGCACACUUCCAAACUGCUGGGGCACUGCGGGGACCUCUACGUCACCGAGAAGAUCCCCCACACCUCCCUCUAUGGGGUGGACGUUCCCCCCUUCCUCCAGCCGCUGCUGCCUUCGGUCGUGCACCAGAUCAUCCACCAGUGGUUCGCACCAGCGUGGCCCCGGCGGGCAAAGAUCUCCAUUGGCCUCCUGGAGUUCGUGGAGGAGAUCUUCCACGGCACCUACGGGAACUUCUACAUCUGUGAGGCCAGCGUGAGCAACGUGGGCUACAACGACAAGUACGACUUCAAGAUGGUCAACCUGCGGAAGGUGGCGACGGAGAUGACGAUCCGAGGCUUCCUCAAGGGCCGGCACUGCGAGCAGAACGGGGACUGCACCUACGGGAAGGACUGCACGGCCACGUGCGACAAGCUCCUGAAGCAGUGCAAGAGCGACGUGGUGCAGCCCAACCUGGCCAAGGUGUGCGGGCUGCUGCAGGACUAUUUGCUGUACGGGGCACCGCUGGAGCUGAAGGAGGAGCUGCAGAAGCAGCUCCGAACGUGCAUGACCCUCAGCGGCCUGGCCAGCCAGAUGGAGGUGCACCACUCCCUCGUGCUCAACAACCUCAAGACCUUGCUCUGGAAGAAGAUUUCCAACACCAAAUACUCCUAACGGGGGGGGGGGAGCACGGCCCUGGAGUUUAGAAUCCACGAUCUCAGAGCUGAGUGCAAGGGCUGAAGGCCUGUUUCUCCAUCCUCUCCCCCACAGGCAAAUACCCCCUGCGCAGGGAGUUGAGCAUAGCUGCAGCCCCUUCUCCCUCGGGGAAAACCAAGCGUCAUGACUUCCACCGCCCAGCAGGAUCAUCGGGAUCACACAUCGAGCCGGCAGGAGCGUGCUGCGGAGCCGGGACAGCGGGGCCGGGCUGAGCUUGGGGGAAGAAGAUGAGAUGGAAAGCGAGGAGGAAGCGGAGCCCAGCUGGAGGCAUCAAACUGGUCCUUGAUUAACAGGAAAGCAGCGCCGAGAUGAGAGUGAAUCAUUCGUGCUGUUCUUGUCACAUCAUCUUUUGAUGAACGUCUCUGAUGUAAAUAAAUGGCUUUUACGUGAA